CAGUACCUCUACCGCUCUACCUCUAACCUUAACAACCGAGUUAAACUUAUAAAAAUAUGUUUAAAUGAUUUUUUAAAGGAGUUAAACUUAGCUAAUUUAUUAUUAGGCCUAUUCACAUUUACCCUGCAGAAUGAGUUUCCUUGCAGAAAUCUUAGCCUCUCAAGUCUUUUCAGGAGAGGCUGACAUGAAGGAACUCAAUGGAAAGAUUCAAGAAAUAAAUAAACAAAUUUUCUUAUUAAAGGAAGAAGUUACAUUAACUAUGGAAGAUAUUUAUAUUAACUACACUUGUGCUCUUGUGGAUACAAACCAUAUGUUGAAUAAAACAAAAAAUCUAGUAGGUAAAAUCAAUGAUGUGAAGGAACGCAUUGAUGAUCAGCUGAAAAAAGAGAUAGAAUCCUCUAAAGAAGAAUUGGAGUCUUUGACUAGAUCAUUAAAGGAAUCAAUAAUAACAUAUGAACUAAUAAAUAAUCUGCUGAAUAUUCAUUUAGUUUUUGAAGCUUCUCAAGAUGUGAAAAACAAUAGUAAGUUUUUAGAAAUAGCGCAACAAUUGAAAGCUGUCGAAGAAGAUCUAAAGAAUGAUAGAUUGGGAAUCGAGAAUAUGGAAAUUUUUGAAAGUUUGCAGUCAGAACUACAGUUUCAUCAGCGUAAACAUAGUUACAACACUGUCAAGUUGUGGUCGCAGUGCUUUGUUUGGAGUGAAUCUCUCAUAGAAAACUAUCACAAGACAGUUAAACUCUCACUGAAUAGUAAUAUUGAUAAUGAACAGCUGUUUAAAGCUCUGUACUACUAUGAACUGUUGUCAUUUGAGAUGAGCGAGUUUAGUGAGAAGUUGUUCAAAGACGUGCUUUGUCCAGUGGUUUCUAAUGUGGCUCAAGUAGACAUUGAAGGCAACACCGGUCUACUUGUGAAAAUUGGAUUGCAAGGAAAGAAGCCUGCUUGCAUUGAUGUGUUAAACAAUCUCACCAUUGUGUUUAACUUUCUUAACUUGUAUCUUAAUUUCAAAGCCAACCAAGAGGUUAGUUUUAUUUCAGAACUAAAGAAGCACAUCAGUGAUGAUUUUUGUAACUUCUUUAUAAAAAACUGUCUUUCAUUAACUGUUCCUAAGAGACGUGAUGAACUUCAGAGCUACAAAGCUCUUGUUGAGGAGAUAACUGCCUUUGAGUUAUUACUGAAAGACGUUGGAUUUAUUGAAGAGGACAAUAAAGUGAUUGCUGAAUAUGCAACUAAUAUUGAAGAACUCUUUGCUAAAAAAACUUGUGAGACAUUUUUGGCAGCUGCUCGGAAUAUCAUGAAGAAGGAUUUGCAUGACAUCAAAGAAGUUGGAACUGCAAAAGGCAAUGUUCCAACAAAUCUAUCUGUUUCGACUCAUCUCAACACUCUUAGCCUCUACACAUUUCAGUUUCCUCAUUGCCAGAUCAGCAAGAGCACAGAUGAACUGCUAGCUCUGGUGGAGGAGGUGUUGGCUGAGGUGAUACACAACACAGACAUGUGUGCAGCUCAGUUGUUUUACACGGCUCGCAACAUCUUCUCUCUGUACUGUGACAUCGUGCCUACCUUCCACAGCAGGCUGCUGGACUCUAUACCUCAGCAAUCAGCUAUCCUGCACAACAACGCUAUGUACCUGGCUCACCAGCUGAUGUACCUGGGGCAGAACCAUCUUCCUCAGAUCCACAAACUGCUGCGUGCACACACAAUCACCUUCGUGGACCUGGUAGAACCAAUGCGAGGCCUGGCUGCAGAAACAUUAUCUCGUCAACUGAUCAAACAACGCACUAAUAUCACCAAUAUUUUGAGGGACUCAGGCCUAGUGACGCUCAGUGACAGCACUAAGUUCCCUGAGGGUAUAGAGAAGGCUAUCAGGAUGUGUCUGAGACAGUUAGCCUUACUGCAGACGGUUUGGCAGCAUGUAUUACCUGCCAACACUUAUUGCAAGGCUCUAGGUUUGCUGUGCAAUGCCUUCGUGGAGGAGCUGAUUUCCAAGGUAGUUGCCUUGGAGGAUAUUUCUGCAGACACUGCCACGCAGCUGGUGGUCAUCUUCAACCUAGUCCAGCAGAAAGCUCCCAACGUAUUUCCUGAACCCCUAGAGAUCCACCGCCAUGUCAAGAAAUGGAGCAAGUUCUGUGAGCUACAGUUGGUGCUUGGUGCCAGCCUACGUGAUGUAGACGAGCGCUGGGCUGAUGGCAAGGGACCUCUAGCCCAGGAAUUCACAGCUGAUCAGGUUCGCCAUCUUGUGCGAGCCCUUUUCCAGAUAUCAGAUCGCCGAGCUGUGCUUCUAGCCAAGAUUGUUUGAUAUUUAUUUUUCAAUUCUUAUUGUGAUAUUCAAAUCCAUUGUACGCUUUGAAACAUGAAAAUAGCUUAUGUAAAAUAAAUAAAUAUAUUAUUUAAUAUA